AUGGGAUUGAAUCUGCCGGACUGCAGCUCGCCAUGGCUGAUUGGCCUCGUCUUUCUGAUCAUCCUAAUUGGGCAGAAGACGUUGGCAUACCGCCGCCUUCGACAUUUCAGAGGGCCUCCUGGAACAGGACCCAUCGCUCGGGUCGCGCCGAAUGUUCUCGUUACCUCUUCUCCUGAGCUCUGGACUCGUGUGAACAGAAAGGCCGGGUAUACAAGGUCAGACUGGUAUUAUCAGGCCCUACGUUUUGAGCACCGUCGAGACAACGUCUUCACACAGACCGACGACGCCAAACAUGAAAAGAGGAGGAAGCAAAUGGCGCCAGGAUACUCGGGGCGAGAGAACCAUGACCUCGAAGCCGCGGUCGAUGCGCGAGUUCAAGAAUUCGUGCAACUUAUUAAAUCCAAGUACCUAUCCACAGAGCAGCGGGUUGUUCCAAUGGAGUGCGCAAAGAAGGUGCAAUACUUCACGCUGGACGUCAUCAGCUCUGUGGGAUUAGGUAGGUCGUUUGGCAUGCUGGUGAGCGACAGAGACGUCUCAGACUAUAUCAAAUCAAGCGAGGAAGGGCUCUACCUGGCCACUGUUUUCAUGGCCCUGGGAAUAAGUUGGCUUGCCCACGUGCCAUGGUUUGGGAGAAUUCUUGCCCCGUCCCCAAAGGACCCGACGGGGUUUGGGAAGAUGAUCGCGACAUGCUUUCGUUACGUCGACCAGCGAGCUGCCGAUCCCACCGAUGAGCGAUCAGACAUGCUUGCAUCGUUCAUCCGCCACGGGCUGGUCGACGACGAAUUGCGAACUGAGGCCGCUGAACAGGUGGUAGCCGGCUCUGACACAACGUCCUCUGCCAUCAACGGAGUGUUCCUACACCUUAUGGCCAACCCUCGUGUCCAACGGAAAUUGCAAGAGGAGAUCGACGAGGCGGUCCAAUCCGGGCACUCCUCCCAUUCAUCAGCCUCGGGCAUUAUCCCCCACGAGCGGGCGAGACAACUCCCUUACCUGCAGGCCGUGAUACGGGAAGCAAUGAGGGUCAGGCCGCCCGUGGUCAACAUCUUCAGCAAAAACGUUCCACCAGGAGGAGACACGGUAACGGUUGAUGGAAAAUCCGUCUUCAUUCCCGGUGGUACCUGCAUAGGCUACUCAGCCGGUGCAAUGCAUCACGACAAGGCACUAUAUGGGGAUGAUGCUCAGGGCUUCCGACCUGAACGGUGGUUCGAGAAAGAUACCGAAAAGCUGACGGCAAUGACCAGGACGAACGACUUGAUAUUUGGAGAUGGGAAGUGGCAGUGCUUGGGUAAGCCGGUAGCCAUGAUAGAGCUUGGUAAAAUCACAUUUGAGACUUUUCGUAACUUUGAUAUGGCCCUGUUGAAGCCAGAGAGGUGA